CUUUUCAUUUUGUCGCCACAAGUCCUGAGAUCAGAUAAUUAGUGUUAACCCCGUGAACACCGCUGGAUGACAGAAAAGUGGCCCACCAAACCAUGUUUAGGAUCCACUCACUGGCGCAUUUAACCGUUAACUCCGACAUGGGACCAAUUCCGUACAAUAAAUGGUCUUAUUAAAGGAGUUUUGGCCGGCAAUAGUACGCCGAAAGAGUCCAACUCCCAAAUUCUGUCCUCGAUCGCAUCCACCGUCGUCCUCUACACCACGAUGUCCGAACAACCGCCACCCAAUUCCCUCCCGAAGCCCCGCCGCGUCGUGACUGGCCAUAACAAGAACGGGCACGCAACCGUCCAACAUGACUCCUACCUCGACGUCCAGCCGUACGGCGAUGGCACCUGUCUGACCCCAUUCUGGUACACGGGCGAACAACCAGCAGACGUCAGCAGUCCGGAAGACAAAGCUCGUCUAAAACCAAGCAUGCCACCCACCGGGUCCGGUUUCACCGCCUACGACCUCCCUCCCCAGUCUCAGGGUCUUUUUCAUCGCUCAAUUACCCUGGACUAUGUCAUCGUUGCUAAGGGGAGUCUGGUUCUUGGCUUGGAUGAUGGCUCCAGAGUCCACUUGACCGAAGGGGACGUGGUGGUACAACAGGCAACGAUGCACAGUUGGAAUAACGAGUCGACGGAAUGGGCUCGUGUAUAUGGGAUAAUGUUCCCGGCUCAAGCACCGGUUGUCGAUGGGAAAGUACUGGAAAAUAUCUGGCCGCUACUUGUUCAUACAGUAGGACUCUACUUUUUCGCCAAGGGCUUCCUGUUGUCACGAAGAGCUCUGGAGUCCACCAGCACCUGUACACGUCCUCUCUUGCCACACUUCCAACUAAAUGAAUCUUCCCAUCUGGAAUCCGCUCAAAAUGGAUGCUGGAUGCCCAGGUCCUUUGAUAAAGCCGUGAUCCUAGUUAUCGAUGCGCUACGAUAUGACUUCACGGUGCCAUAUUCGCCAAAGACAUCCAAACAGGACGCGCCUCAACCUUUCCACAAUGCCCUCACCAUACUACACGAGAAAGCAACCCAAGAGCCCCACAAUGCAGUUCUCUUUCCCUUCAUUGCGGACCCCCCUACCACAACUCUGCAACGGUUAAAGGGAUUGACGACAGGGACACUGCCAACAUUCAUCGAGGCUGGUGCCAACUUUGCAGGUUCCGCUCUUGCAGAAGAUAACAUUGUAACCCAACUACACAAAGCAGGAAAGGGACUAGUGCAUCUUGGGGACGAUACGUGGAUAAAGCUGUUUCCGAAUCACUUCCUGCCGAACUUGUCUCACGCGUACGAUUCCUUCCUCGUUUCUGACCUCCACACGGUAGACAAUGGCGUGGAGAAACACCUUCUACCACUCAUCAGCUCUCGUCAGGAUGAAUGGAAUGUGAUAUUUGGCCAUUUCCUCGGUGUUGAUCACGUUGGCCAUCGAUUCGGUCCAGUACACGGUGAAAUGACCAGUAAACUGAAGCAAAUGGACCGCCUCAUACGACAGGUUAUCGAUCUUGUUGACGAAAACACGCUUCUUGUUGUUCUGGGUGAUCACGGGAUGGAUGAGCAUGGGAAUCAUGGCGGCGAAACCGAUAAUGAGGUUCAGGCGGCAUUGUGGAUGUAUACUCGGCGCAAACAUUUCGGUCACUUGCAACCCUAUCCACAGAACCAGGCGUCAUACAUCAACAAAAGACCCAUCGCUCAAAUUGAUAUUGUUCCAACUUUGUCGCUCCUUCUGGGUAUCCCAAUUCCCUUCAAUAGCCUAGGUAGCCCGAUCGAAGAGGCUUUCAUUGGAGCUACCGGGGACAAUUGGAGGCAGUUGAUGCAUGCACAAAUGCUAUCGCUCGCACAGGUUGAACGAUUCCACCAACAAUAUACAAGGACGGGAAAUCCUCCACAUGUCACAGAGCACGACCACACGGAUUUUUCUCGGUGUACUUCUUGGCAAGGAAUUGAUUUCCAAGAUAGCUCGUCUUUGGAGACCAUAUACCGACAAUUACGCGACUACCAAAAGACGAUCUUACAGUAUUACAAACACAUUUGGGCUCAGUUCAGCAUACCUCAUAUGCUAGAAGGGCUAUUGAUCCUAUCAUUUGGAGCUAUCGCACUUUUACUUUGUAUCUGUGGGUCUGAUGAAGACAAUAUCACCCCAGGGGCUUCUUCUGGCACCAUAGCAAUAGGAGUUGCAACGGGUGUGGUCAGCUUCUUUUUCCAUACUGCUUUGACAUGGUCAGCAGGAACUUCCGUGACGGAGGGGCUGAUGCUGAGCACCACAAUGAGUAGUUUGACGCUACUAAACUGUCACUUUCCUCUUGUUGGGCUGAUAAGAACACUAAAGCAUGGUUACAAGCUGACAUUCCUGGACCUAUUGACGAUCGCAUUUACUCUUCUGCUGUCUAUUGGCUUUGCAUCUAAUUCAUACACCGUGUGGGAAGAUCGGAUUGUGUUAACGUUUCUUACAACAUUUGGCGUAUGUGCAUUUUCGGCCUUAUUCCAGCGAUCACUCGAAAGGCCUUCGGUUCAGAUUCGACGUACCAAACCCCGGUCCUCUGGUUAUGGUGUCACAUUGCGCGCUCAGAUUUUCCUUUCGCGGGUAACUCUAGUCAUUGCACUUGCUGGUAUUGGAAUGACUCUCGCCCCAAAAUGGAAUAUGACCAUGACUUCCGUGCAAUCUAAUAUGGUCACCACCACGUCCAUCUUGGUCAUCUGCAGUUUGCUGAGCGGUCCGAUGGGAGGCGGUUCCUUAUCGACACUAUAUCUCCAAAUCCUAAGCCUACGCAAACUCCUCGAUCGCUCUCCCAACUAUACAAUUGGACCUACAAUCGCCGCGCUCCUCGGUACGCUUCACUUCUUCGGCACUGGGCAUAACGCAACCUUCUCCAGCAUCCAAUGGGGCGCUGCCUAUAUCCCAUUCGAAGGUCUUCACUACCCUUGGUCCCCGAUGCUUGUACUCCUAAACACUUUUUCCGGUCCAAUUGUCGCUGCAUUUUCGACCGCUCUAAUCGCAGCACGAGAUGAACAUGAACACUCCCCAGAAAGUCACCUUGUCACUAAGUCACUCGCAAUACACAUUUUGGUCUACACGGUUUGGACAUUGUCGACGGCCGUAUGGGCGGGUGUCCUACGUCGCCAUCUGAUGGUGUUUGCUAUCUUCUGUCCACGGUUCUUGAUGGCUGGGGCCUCACUGCUGAUUGUCGAUAUUGUCGCGAUAAUAGUCUCUUUCAUAAUGCGUUGA